AUGUCCACAAAUCCUUUGAAAGAAGUGCUUACAGGAGAGCAGUUUCAACGCUUGGUUAAUUUUUACGAAGCUGAUCAAAAAUUAGACCACAAUGAUAGGCUCGCUAUUGCAGGUCAAUUGCAAGCCAUUGCCAUAAAAUCUAACUUGGCUGGGUACACUGCGGGUAUGUUGGGUUUUUUUGGACCCUCGUUGUAUUUUAGAAUUGCCAAAAAACCAGUGCCAAACCCAUUUUUUUUAAUUCAGUAUCCAUUCUUAUCAUUGUGUGUUGGUUUUGGUACUUUGAUUAUUGGAAACAAUGUUACUGCAAGAUAUUUGUAUAACAAGGUGAAAAAUGAUAGGAAGGAUGCUCCCAAUGCCAACGUGGCUAAUGCUUGGGACCAUAUGGAUUACGGCAAUCUUAGUGCAUUUACAUUAUACUACCUGAGAACUGCAUUCAACCCCAUGUUUAUAAUCAGAGACCCUAGACAAGCAAGUAACGCUUCAUACAUUGAUGAUAAAUUGAAGCAAAAGCUGAACCUUCAUUUCACCGAGGGUGUUGGCUUGGGGCAACAUGACAGUGAGGGAGGUAAGCAUGAAUUAGGGGUCUGGGAUAAGCUCAGACUUCACCAUGGUCUAGAUGUCUCUACUCCCAAACAAAACUGA